GUCCAUUUCCGGCGGGCGACGGCGCUUUCUUCGUCGUCGUGUCCACCCGUACUCCGAAGUUCGCCGAAGAGCUUGUCAUUGCCCAGCCACGGCAGCCACGCCCACCACGGCUCCGUCAUCAACGAACCAGGCCUCAGCACAUCAGAUCUCGCUACUCGUGGCAGCGCGAGCCCUUGCAUUCCAUCGAACCAUCAUCGCAAAUUUUUUCGCUGGCUUUGUUGCCACGCACUGUGACUCCGUCGUUUGGCAGUGCAGGCACAACCAGCCAACCGAACCAGUGCUGUCCACGUCCCCGUUCAUGCAUUCUGCGUCAAACCAGCAGUAGCCUCGCAAUCGGGCGGUGUGUUCCUGCAACAAGCCUCUGCAUAAAUAUGUUGGCUGGCGGCUUUCUGUUGUGCUCGACUCGUUACUUAUCCUCCGAACCAUUCGUUUCACAAUCGACUCCAGCUCUGAAAUCAUGUGCAUAGCAAUCGUGACAAACAGCCAUCCAGAGUAUCCUCUGAUCCUCCUUAGCAACAGAGAUGAAUUUCUUCAGCGACCCACCGCAGUAGCUGACUGGUGGGAGGAGCCGCACAGCUAUGUUCUGGGAGGACGGGACAUGCACCGUGCCGAGCGAGGCACAUGGCUCGGCAUCACCAAGCAAGGCCGUAUAGCUUGCUUAACCAACUUCAGGGAAGAGGGUCAAGCUAUCAUUGAAGGACGUCGAAGCAGAGGCGCCGUGGUCAACUCAUUCCUGAAGACACCAGCCGACUCUACCGAAUCGCCAAAGGAUGCUGCUCACAAGCUCAUCAGCGAAGGCGUUGACGGAAUCGGAGGUUUUAGUCUGCUUUUUGGUCGGCUGCACGGAGAAAACAACGAGAAAGUCCAGGAGCGCGGACUUGCCAUAGUCUCCAAUCGGAGCCUGCAGCCCGAAGACGUGACCUGGAUAUUGCAAACCCCCAAUGAAACACACGCGCUGAGCAACUCCCACUUUGAGGACAAAAGCUGGCCCAAAGUGCAAGACGCGGAGCGGCUUGUCAAGCAGGGCGUGCAAGAAGCAGUGGCCCUAAAGGAAGGCAAAUCCGACAUGAUAAACCGCUUUCUGGACAUCCUCAGUCGCGACACGCUGCCUCGCCAGAAGGUAGGCGAAGAAUUCGAGAUAUAUCUGCGCCAACUGCGGCACAGCAUUUUCAUCCCGGCUAUUGGCGACGUCAACCUCGUGAACAGGAAAAAUUCCGAUCAGGUUGCGGCCGCUAAUGGCACGCCGACGGGAGUUGCAAAGCUCAAUCCUACAGGCGGCGUGUAUGGCACUCAAAAGCAGAGCGUUAUGCUUGUCGAUCGGCAAGGGAGCGUCACGUUCUUUGAAAGAACACUCUAUGACCAGCUAGGACAUCCAAUUGCAAAAGGCGAUGCCGACAGAAUAUUCGAAUUCAAAAUCGAAGGUUGGUAGAGUCGUUGGCCUGCUUUCCUGGUGGCGUGAUUACUUGACUUCGCAGAGCUUAGAUUCUGCGUGCGUGCAUCUGGACUGAUUUCAGCCGAUGGAAAAUAUGAUGAGGCCGUGAAACUUGAAGUCAACCAUGAGAUUGCGACUCCGAAUGUUCGCAUCGGACCAGGUAUCGACGUGCCACGGCUGAGGAUGACCGAUGACACCUUCGGAAAAGCAUAACGGAUCAGCACCUGUUCUCUACACUUGUGGGAGAACUGGGAAAGAGAAGAUCGUAGAAUCUUUGACACUGGUUAUUGGUUGCCAGGCAGCUGUACAUAAAGACCCAAGCAUAACCCAAUGGGAGCCUUGGCACUUCUCAUCUCCAUUCACUCUCAGUUCCAGCCCGACCAAUAUCUCCUACUGGCUUAUAAGCCAGAUUGAAUUCUUGUCUCCUUGAUUGUGCCCACUAAUAUAGAGCCCAUUCUUUGCCAGCUGUGCCCUCGUCGCCCGCACUUUACGUUUGUUUUGAGCGUACCUGUGAGCGUCAUCGUUAGGCUCCCAGAAGCCAAGAAACAAACGACUUUCAACACAUGGCGUCGAUUGCGCCACCCGGUCGAUACUGAUGAGUCCUUGCACGCUGUGCUAGUAUUACCGCAGCACAUGUUGCCAACUCAGGAACGUG